UAAUAUCAAGUUUGUUGCUGUUAAAAUUUCGCGCGGCAAAGAACUCGCUAUCAGUUGAAAUCAGACCGUCGCCCAUUAGAUUAUGUGCAUCUGUCAGGAGAGCACAAAUGUUCGUCCAAUUAACUAAUUUUAGCCUUAAUGCCUAGAUUGCUUAAUGAAGAAACAUGAAAAGGUCGUGUUGGAGAUCGACCCGGUUUCGGCCGCGUGUGUGUCGAGCACUUUGAAACUUCUUCACUUAGCAUUUCGGCUGACUUUGGGGUGUAUGUUUAGGGAAUAGGUAACAAAACGUGUGGCUUUACCUCAAAUCUAAGAUGCAUCAGGGCGUUCAAUUACCCCUGUGCCUCAUAUGUGGCUUAUAUUCACAGGAUAUCCAGAAGCACCGUCAGGGCUUUACGUCUUCUCUGAAGUUGUCUAACGGUUAUAUUUUACCUGAGGGCAAGAUGACGCCCAACACACUGUUCGUCGGCGGGAUUGACAUGAAGGUGGACGAGAACGAGAUCAGAGAGUUCUUUGCCAAGUACGGGUGUGUGAAAGAAGUGAAAAUCAUCACUUAUCGAGGAGGAAUAUGCAAAGGGUAUGGUUUCGUUUAUUUCAGCGAGGACGUUGAUAUCCAGACCAUCGUUGAUCAGCCGAUCAGUUUUAAAGGGAAAAAACUCAAACUGGGACCUGCCAUCAUGAAAGAGCGAAAUUCUCGUUCAGUGUCGUCUCCAAUGAUUGGUCCAUCACAGUGGAUAAGCUCCACCCCAUAUGUGUACUGCAGCUGCUGUCCCCCAAGCCUGGCCCCGCCUUCACCUGUCUUCAAUGGAGGGAAUCAAUACAUGCAGCCUUAUUCGUACUCCAGUCCUCCAGGAUUUAUUGUCCCACAGGUGCCCAUGAAUUAUGCACAGACCACAUAUGCCUACCAGUAUCCCCUGCCACAGUGGUGUGGAGAGCAGAGGACGAGGCUUGUCAAUCAGAAUUAUGUGGAUUGUGGAGUCCAGACUUUGCUAACCCUUCUGUAGCCUUCAACCACUAGCACAGACUCCUUUUCUUGGGUAGAAUCCCAUAGAAGCAGAGGACAACUUGGAGAUCAAGCAGUGAACUUCAUUGUGCUUUGAAACACAGUUGCAGAUAGGGUCACCCUGGGUGUGAUGUGAAGGUGUAUUUUGAGGGAAUGACUGAUUUAUGAUCAUAUGAUCAUACUGUAACCUAAUGCCUCACACAUCCACACACUGAAACAUUUGACAAGCUUUGUUUGCUUUUGCUUAUUCAACCCAUAUAUAUAUAUUUUUUUUUUUUUUUGUUUUGUCCGUUUUUCUUUCUUUGUCAUGGCCAACUAACUUUAAAGACACUUUUAAGCUCACAAAUACAUAUUUAUAUUUUAUGUUUGCUUAUUUUAAAGUUUGACUCACUGUUGGUGAUGCACUGUAUGCAUUUAGGUAACUGUUCUAACGUGUUCAGUGUGUUGUUUUAAACCAAUGUUCAUUUGUUUACUCAUUUAGGCUGGUAAGUGUUCACUGUUAGUUUUAUUUUGGGGUUUUCACAUUCAGGGCACAUGUUUGGAUUUUCUCUGUUUGGUUAUUGAGCACCAGGGUACAGUGGCUUCCCCCUCCUUUUUUACUCUAAAUCUGCUUUCAUCAGUUGUCAUCACUGUACUUCCAUUAAUUUUUCAUUAACACUGUUUUUCUAUGUUGGUGCAGUUAAGAGGUUUCAAUAAGAUCACUGCAUUAAUUCAAAAGUUACAAUAAAUUUUUUUACUGAGCCCUGUAAGUCACAGCAGGUCACGGGACAGUUGACUUGUUUUAAAUUAAAGCGAUGACGGAAUAUUGAUAUCACUGUGAACACAGUCGUUCUGCAUUUUUCUAUUUUUCCAGCACUUUUUUGCACCAGUUCAUUUUAAUGGUUUUUUUUUGUUGUUUUUUUUGUUUGUUUGUUUUUUUGAAGGUUUGUAAAGUUAGGGGUAUUGUUGUUCUGAGCACAAAGCACUCAUUUUAUCCAUGGAGUUACACUGUUCUUAUAGGUUUUUCUUAAGGGGGCUUUGAUUUAAUAGCUGUAGCAUAUUCAUCAGAUACUUUUAAAAACCAACUCUGACUGGCUUGUAUUGAAAUAUUGCAGUUUUAGUUCCUCAUUUCCCAUGGCUUCAUGGGAGUUGUGGUCUAUAUUGUACCAUAGUCUGAUAGCUUCUAAUCACUGUACUCUGGGUUUGCCUUUUGU